CAAUAAAUGAAUUGUAUUUUGUCAGUUGCAUUUAGGUGCGAUAGAAAAGGCAGCCGAAAUAGUUGAAUAACGUUGUUUUCAACAAAAACUAAUUAAAUCAAAAAGUCGCGAAUUGUCACACAAUAAAGUUUUCGAGCCGAUUACUUUAUAAAAUUUCACGUCUAACUCGAAUCCAAAAGAAACCACUAUGACUGACAGGAAAGCUGUAAUUAAAAAUGCUGACAUGGGAGAGGAUAUGCAACAAGAUGCCGUGGAUUGUGCGACACAGGCCAUAGAAAAGUAUAAUAUCGAAAAGGACAUUGCCGCCUAUAUUAAGAAGGAAUUCGACAAAAAAUACAAUCCCACGUGGCACUGCAUUGUAGGCAGGAAUUUCGGUUCCUAUGUGACACACGAGACUCGCCACUUCAUCUACUUCUACCUUGGACAGGUGGCAAUACUGUUGUUUAAGAGCGGAUAAACAGAAGACAAGAAUCUCAAUUAAAUCCCCACUUCCCCAAAUCCAACCUCUUCAUCACAGUAUUUCUACAUUCUUCUUAUCCUAGAUUGACUGUUAUUUGGAAUAUAUAAUCUGUUAGAAAGCCAGACUUUACUGAUAUAUUUUUUUUUUGUAAAUUAUUGCUACGGGAACAUUGUUGUGGCUAAAUGGGACUAACCACAUUUUUUUUUAACGCAAAAAGACAAGUUUAGCUAUUACCCAAUGUUUUCGAAAUCUAGAGUUUUUGUUUAGCUAUAUAUAUAAAUAAACAAUUUGGAAUAAAUUUAUUUUGUUGAUUACGUUUUUUUAUUUUGUUUUCGCAACUCGCGCACAAAAUUAAGUAAUACCUGGGGGGGAUAGUCUUCACGCGUUUGUCAAUUGUCAAAAAUAUAUUUAAGUUUUUUUUUGUUAGCAAAAUUGUAAGUUUUUGAAGCGUAUAAGUUUUUGGUUUUAUGAAAUAUUGAAAAUGCGUUAGAUAAGUUGUUAAAAAAAUCCACACAGAAACUUUGUAUAUAAUAAAAUUUCCAUUUCCAUGGUCAAAGUGUACCGCAAGUAUGUCGUUUUUGCGACCGUGUACGUGUAAAGUUGUUCGCUCCUGUUUUGUGUGUCUCGGUCACCUAAAACUACCAAAUUGCUUCGGGGAAGGUCACAUUUAAAGCUAAUAGGCAAUGUAAAUGUAUGAAAAGUUGGUUUUGGUUGGUCCAAGCGUUUCAAAAUUAAGUUUACAACAUAUAUAUAUACAUAGCGAACGAAUUUAUAGAGAUGUGAUUUGCUGAAAGCCGAUUCACACUGAUAUUCGUCCACCGACUUUCACUAUACACCAGCGUCCAUGAGUCUUCCUAGUUUAGUAGCACGCUGUACAUUUCACAUUGUCACGUGUGUGUAGUUCUGGACAAUUCAUCGGCCUGAGUAAAAAUAUCAAUGUGAACUGGUGUUUCGAACGCCGACUAGCUGGUCUUCACACCCUGUGUACAUCGGUCCAUAUAUUUUUGUUUUCUGAUACGCUGUGUAUUAUUUUUAUUACAUUGGUUAAGAGUAUUAUUAUCUUUAUUAAUGUAUUUAAAUAAAUGGUUAAUGAUUA